CCUCUUCGUAUGCUAACCGUUGUUUGCAGUGUUAUUCCAUAUCCCUACCUUUAUUAUUCCUGCGUAUACACUAUUUACCGAUCGUAUCCACGAUUUAUAUUUGUUUGAACGUAUCUUAUCUCUAACAAAUGUUACUAGGUACAUAUAUGUACUAUGUGAAAUAACGUAUCGCGUACAUUUUCCAAGGUUAUCCACGUAUCAUACACAAUCCAGUCUAUUCCAAAUCAAAAGCGGACACAUAACUACACACGCUCUCAAAAAAUCAGUUAUAUUUUAUUGUUUAAUUUUUCUUUUGUCGAUUGAUUUCCAUUAGUUUUUGGUAUUAAUCUAAAACUUUAAAAGAUUGUGGUAACUAUAUAUUUUAAUAAAAUGAGCUCUUUAAUAAAAGAUUAUUUACUGACUGACCAAAAUUGUGUUAUAAAUGUCGGUGAUAUAUUUCGUCUAAACGACCGAGAAAUUAUUAAGAAGUUAGAUGCGUUACGUUUAAUUAAAAGUACUAUCCUUAUGGAAAACAUGAAAGUUAACCGUCCCGAACCAGUGAACAAUAGUGUAUAUAUUUUUAUUAUGGAAAAGAUAUAUUCAAAUCUUUUCGAUGGAAUUCUAUGGACUUCUAAUGGUACAAGAAAACUAUCACUUCAAAAUAACACUAAACUUAUGUGUAGAUACUACACAUCCAAUAAUUUAUGCAAAAAAAUGUACACACUGUUAAGCGAGAAACAUAAUGCAAGUUAUUCUUUGAUUCACUACACACUUAAACGCAGCCAGAUAAGUAUAAAUUUUAUCGAUGAUGUACAAGACCAAACAAAUUUUUUAAACAACUCAGUAAUAACAAUUAAAAAUGAGGAGUCUUUUUUAAAUGAAGAAUAUGACGAUAAAACAAAUCUAAAUUACUCAAUAAAAUCAGAAUCAUCGUCAGACGUUAAUGAAACAUGUAAAAUAACAAUUUUACCAGACGUUAAAAAACAGUACGAAAAUGAACUCAUGGAUUUAGAUAAGGAAACAAUUCCUGCAAAAUUACACUCAUUUUCAGUAAAAUCUUUUAAUUGGCAUAAAUAUCAUGAAUUAUUUUUGGAUCAAUUGGGAGGACACGUUUCAUAUACACCUCCCAUCAACCCUAAACCAGGCCAAAUUUAUGUGUAUAAUAAUGAAAAUAACCCCAAUGUAUGGAAAUUUGAUGAAUACAGUUGGUGUGAUCAGGGUCACUCCAAAUUUCCAAAAACAACCAAAAACCGUGAUUCUCUUUUAUACAGAAUAUUUUAUAAGUGUAGAAGUAACCCAUAUUUCAAACGCCAAGUAUGGUUUAAGUAUGACGCAAAAAAACGUAAAAAGUUAAACGGUCUCGUUAUAGUUCAUUAUAAUGGUUUUUUAAAUUAUGUUGAGAACAAAUAUUUGAAUAGACACAAAAUAAGUGAUACCAUUGAAAAUAUCCGAUUUAAUGAACGCAAUGGUGGCAGCAUGAUUGAAUAUAGUAGUUGUGACCAUGGAGAACUUCAGACGGAUAACUAUGCAGUUGAAUCAUUACCCACAAUUAGUACAAUAGAAUUAAAAUUUACUCUAGAGGAAGAGGAUGAGUUAAUCAAAGAAGUUCAUAAAAAUGAUCCAUUAAUUAACACAACCCAAGAUAUAACAUACAAAAAUGAACUAUCGGAAAAUAUCGAAAACACGAUUGGAAAAUCCGUGGACGAUUGCCAAAAAAUAUGUGAAAAUAUAAAAAGUUCACAUAUUUGCAACAAAAGAAAACUUAGUAUAGGGUCAACUAGUCCAAAAAAAAAAAAAUUGGAAUGUAUGUCAUUUUUGAAAAAAAUUACACUGAACUCUGCAUCUAAUGAGGAAGAAAACACUAAGAAAGUAGAAGAAACUGAAUUUGAUACUCUAAUAUGUUCCAUUUCUAAAUCAAACGUUUCUCCUCAGUUUAAUGAAAAUCACCUGAGUAAUUUGGUCGAUAAGCAUAAAUUGAAUAUAUUAGAUAAGCUUUCAGUAGCUUCAGCCAAUAGAUCAAAAGAAAAUAUCAAAAUGGAGCAAAAUCAAAUAGUUUUAAAUCAUCAAAGACACGAGGAUGAUGAUGUGGAUCUCUUUUUUAAAAGUUUAGCUUUAACCGUGAAAAAGUUACCAAAAAAAGCCAUUAAAGAAGCUAAGAUUAAGUUGUUAAUUAUGGUUAAUGAACUUGAAGAUGAAUAUACCUCUCAAGCAAAAUGAAAAUCUAUUUUGUAAUGAUUAUAUUAAUAUGUAUAUUAUGAAAAGCUAAAGUGAAACUUUGAAAUUAAAGUGUGAUUUAUAUCUAA